GUCUCCAACACGCCCGCCUCGGAUGGCCGGCCGCGGCGCAGCGGCCCCUGGCGGCGAAGCCACGACGCCGCGCCCUCCCCUUCGCUCCGAGGCCGCCAAGGCGGAGGAGGGGGCUGCUGCCGCCGGCCGAGAGCUGGAGGGGCGAGGCGGCUCGGCGGCGUCCUUGCCCGCGGCCGUGCGGGGAGCCCUGGAGCUGGCCGAAGCUCGCCGGCAGCUGCUGGAGGCCGAAGGGCGCCGCCGCCUGGUCUCGGAGCUGGAGAGCCGCGUGCAGCAGCUGCACCGCGUCUUCGUCGAAGCCGAGCUCCGCCUGGCCGACCGCGCCGAGAGCGUGGGCCGCCUGGGGAGCGGCGCGGCUCAAGCCGAGGUCUACCUGGCGGCGCGCGGGCAGCGGCUGAAGAAGAGCCUGCGGCGCUACAAGAAAGCGCGAGCCCCGGCCCUGCUCGCCUCCGCGCUCGGACUCGGCGGCUGCGUGCCCUGGGCGGAGUGCCGCAUGCGCCGCGGCCGGGGGGGAGCGCCGGAGCCGCCCGAGUCGCCUUUCAAGAAGAGCCUGCAAGGGGCGCCGCUGUCUCCGGGGAGAGGCCUCCCUUAG